ACUGACUCUCUUCUCUACUGACAAAAACAAGGGUCAUCGCCGAAGAAUCAAGAGAAACUCUUUCAAAAAGGAAUUGAGUUUAGUUUAUUUCUGAAGAGACAGACUGAAGAUCUUUGUGAUUCCAGUGAUUCGUUUUUCAAACGCACUUCAUCCAGAAAGUGAAAGUAAAGUUUAGAUUGUUGCAGCUCAAAGAGAAAACAAUGGCUUCACAGUCUGAAGAAGAUUUUAUCUGUCCUGUGUGCUGUGAUAUCUUCAAGACUCCUGUGUUUCUGUCAUGCAGUCACAGUGUCUGUAAAGAGUGUCUUCAUCAGUUCUGGAGAACCAAAGGAACUCAGGAGUGUCCCGUCUGCAGAAGAAGAUCCUCAAAAGAUGAUCCUCCAGUUAAUCUAGUGUUAAAAAACCUGUGUAAGUCAUUCCUGAAGGAGAGGAAUGAGGUUCGUUCAUCAGGAUCUGAGGAGAUCUGCAGUUUACACAGUGAGAAACUCAAGCUCUUCUGUCUGGAGGACAAACAGCCGGUGUGUUUAGUGUGUAUUAACUCACAGAAACACGACAAUCAUAAAUUCAGACCCAUCGAUGAAGUGGUUUCAUCAUAUAAGGAGGAGCUCAAUACAGCACUGAAAACAUUACAAAGAAAACUGAAACACAAUAAAACAAUGAAAGUAGAGUUUGAGGAAACAGUUGAAAAUAUCAAGGUGAGGAAACAGAGUCCAGAGUCAUUUUCAUUACAGCUGCAGGAUCAUUAGAUAGAGUUCAGAUAUAUUUAAUAGAAUAGACUCCGGGGGU